AUGACUUCUAGUUUAGUUCAAAGUGAUUUUACACAAACAAGUUUGUUUUCCUCUGAAGUUCUGCUAUUUGGUGACUUUUGUCGUUUCUUAGAAGUAGUUUCUAAAGAAAUUGGCGACGCGAAAAAAAAAAAGUGUGCAAAAUUCAUUCAGAAUUAUCGAAAUAAAUUUGGAAAUGACUUUUAUCCUGUUAUGCGUUUAUUACUUCCACAUCUUGAUAAAGAAAGGACGAAUUAUGGUAUGAAAGAGGUAGUUCUUGCCAAAACUUACAUAUCUGUAAUGGGGUUGGCAAGAGAUUCUGUUUAUGGUCAAAGAUUAAUUCACUGGAAAAUGCCUGGGAGUUCGAAAAUUAAAACCGCUGGCGAUUUUGCGUCAGUAGCAUUUGAGGUAAUUGCUCCUCGCUCUAUUGUUGUUGGUCGUGGAAAAAUGACUAUCGAGGAUGUAAAUUAUCAGCUUGAUGUUUUAAAUGCUGCUAGCGGACAGCAAGAAUAUCAAAAAGUUAUACGACAUCUCUUUAAUAAUUAUACUGCAAUAGAACAGAAGUGGAUUAUUAGAGUAAUUUUGAAAGAGCUUAAAAUUGGGUUGAGCGAAAAAUCAGUAUUUCUUUUAUUUCAUCCAGAUGCUUGUAACCUUUUCAACGUUUGCAGUGAUUUGAGAAAAGUUUGUGAAGAUUUACAAGAUCCUCACACCCGACUUCCAUCAUCAGAUAUUAUUCUCUAUUAUCCAUUCAAACCUAUGCUUGCAAAACCAGUUGCUGUUCAGAAUGUUAUUAAAACAAUGGGUGGUGGCUUUUGGAUAGAAGAGAAACUGGACGGUGAAAGAGUACAAUUGCAUAUGAAAGAUGGAAGAUUUGAAUACUUUUCAAGGCAGGUCACUGUUCUAUUCAAGCCUAGGAUUGAAGACAUUUACUUAUUUCAAAUAAUUGCCGACUUGUUUCAUCCACGUGUAAAGGAAAUUAUUCUGGAUGGAGAAAUGUUAGAAUAUGAUCCUUUAUUGGAUGUCUAUAAACCAUUCGGAACUUUGAAAACCGCCGGGAAAGAUCACUCGGAUAAUCCAAAUAAGGAAAGACCCUGCUAUGUAAUAUUUGAUAUUGUCUUAAUAAAUGGAAAGUCGAUAAUUGAUCAACCAUUACAAAAAAGAAAAGAUUGGCUUAGAACGUUGAUUACAGAAAAUCCUGGAUAUUUGAAGAUUAUUAGUCAUAAAGAAUGCAGCACGGCUAAAGAUUUGAUUGAUGCAUUAGAUGAAGCUGUUAUGAAAAGACAAGAAGGGAUUAUCAUAAAAAAACCUUCCAGCAAAUAUGUUCUUAAUGAAAGGAUUGAUGACUGGAUUAAGAUAAAACCCGAGUAUUUGGAUGCGCUUGGUGAUAGUUUAGAUUUAUUAAUUAUUGGUGCGGAUUUUGGCGUUGGAAAACGCGGAAAUAUGUUUGGCAGUUUCAUGUGCGGUCUAAGAGAUUCAACAUCAGCAGAUGAUAGUCCAAGAUUUAUUACCUUUUGUCGAUUUGGUACUGGUCAGACAAUGAAAGAAGCUGAAGAUAUUAAAAAUAAUUUUAAGGGUUGGCAAAAGUUUGAUCCAAAUAACCCUCCAGAUUGGCUUGAAGUUGGUAAAGACAAGCCUCAUAUGAUAAUUCCUCCGUGGAAUUCAAUAGUCGUGCAAGUGAAAGCAUCUGAAAUUGUUGCUGGAAAUCAAUUUGCUUCUAAUUAUACACUUAGAUUUCCUCGGUUUGAAAAACUUCGUGAAGAUAAAGAUUGGAAAAGUGCUAUGACCUAUGAAGAAAUGAUGAAUCUUCGCAGACAAGCAUCAGGGCGAUUGCAGUCCAAGAAAGUCACCGAAGAUGAUUUAAUUACGAUCUCACGAGCUGCCAAGAGAAAAGGAAAGACUACAGCGCCGCGCAGAGUCAAGAAAUAUACUAUGCUUGAAACCUUUACAUCUAAUAUAGGACAGGUGGAAGAAAAAUCUAUGAUAUUUAAAGAUAUGAAAUUUCACAUAAUGUUAACAAGAUAUAAAGAAUAUUCAAAAGCAGAUUUUGAGCGUAUGAUUAAAGAACAUGGUGGAAGUUAUUCUCAACAUCCUGGUACUGAUUCUGAAAUUCAUCUAAUAGCCGAGGACGCGUCAAACUUUCGCGUCAAAAAUCUUAUCAAUCAGGGCGUGAGAGAUAUCAUUCAUCCUCGAUGGAUCUUGGAAUGUAUUAACGCUUUCAAACUAAUUCCCUUAAGUCCAAAAUAUAUGAUAUUUAUUACUGAAUCUACAAAGCACGAAUUUUUAACGAGAAUGGAUGAAUGGGGAGAUAGUUACGCAGAUGAAAUUACUACGGAAGAAUUGCAAGAAAUUUUUGAUUUAAUGCCCCUAGAUGAAAAAAAUAUCAUUUCGAAUCCUCAAAAGCGUCGUAAAUUAGCUGACGAAAUUGAGGAACGUUAUUUUGCUGAUACAGGAUUACCAAACUGUCUAUUUCGUCGUUGUGUGGUUUAUAUUGAUUAUCCACCAUCUAAAGAUCUUGUACAAGAUAAGAACAAAUUAUGGGCUUUAUAUGAAGGAUGUCAUGAUCGGUUAAAACUCAUCGAAUUGACUCUUCGAUAUCACGAUGCUCAAAUCGUAGCCGAUUUUUCGAAACGUAAUGUUACCCAUGUUAUUUUUGACGAAAAAGAUUUGAGUAGAUAUAGCGAAAUAAAAGAUUUUCAUGAAAAGCGUAAUAUGUUACCGUGUUAUGUACGUUCUUCAUGGGUCACAGACAGCGAAAAUUGUGGUGUUUUACUGGAUGAGAACGGUAAUUGA